AUGUCGCUGAUGAUCACGAUGAAGAAGGACAACCGCCAGAUCAGCACAUGUGUCUAUAUGGCCGGGUUGGCCAUUGUUGACACGUGCGUGUUGUUAUUCUCGGAGAUAUUGUGGAAGUUGCUGAUUUCUCAUGGUCUUGGACCGGGAUUGGAAAGUAAUUUUGCGUUCCUAAGCGCCAUGUGGUAUGGAGCCGAUGGCUUUGCCGUAGUCUCGGGGUUGUUCCUCGCCGAAAUGAGCGUAGACAGAGCCAUCGCCGUAACAUACCCGAUGAAAGCAGCCACCAUCUGCACCGCCAAGAGAGCGGUCAAGGUCACAAUAACGACCUGCGUGUUGGAGAUGACCUUCAUGAUCCAGACAUUCUUUGUAUUGACCCUUCCUGACCCACCGACAGGAGUUGCAAUCCGAGAUGUUAAUCAGGCGACGUGGUUCGUGGAAUUUUACAACUACAAUCUACUUAUCCUUGGUACCAUCCUCCCAUUUUCUAUCAUUGCCACCUGCAAUAUUAUAAUCUUGAUUGGUGUCCAACGCGCCGCAGUUCGACGCAAACAAAUGAAGUCCAGCACAGCAGACGAUAAUGAAAAGAAGCUAAAAGAUACGAAUUUGACCGCCAUGUUGUUAAUGACGUCAUUAGCCUAUCUCCUCUGCUCGUGCCCAAAGCGAAUUUACGAAUCCGUGGCUGUGGUUGAUUUGAGCAACCCCUAUUGGACAGCCAGGUAUUGGUUGGGUUAUUGGGUCGUUGUCGAAAUAUGGACCCUAAAUUUUGCCGUGAAUUUCUACGUGUAUUUUCUUAAGGGCGGGAGAAAGUUUCGUCAGGACGCGACAAAGUUCUUCACCGCCUCGGCCGAUGACUGA